AUUAACGCUUGUUGCGCACGUGAAUUGUAUCUGCGUGAUCGUAUUUGAAUAAAAAAUAAUUUAACGAAUAAAUUUAAAAAAAAUUCUUAAAUAUAUAAAAUUUAUCUAUUUUAUCUUACUCUUGUUCUUUACGUGAAUUAAUCAAUUAUUAGAUUUUAAAUUGAUAGUAAUUACUCUAUGGCGGUAAUGAUAAUUACUGUGAUGAUUACUGAUCACUGAUUACUUGGGUAAUUGAUAUUUACAGUAAUGAUGGUUAAUUAAAAAAAUUAAACAAGUUCGCGAUCGCCCAAAUUCACCAGAAUAAAUAUUUGUAUGUAAUUGUUUCUUAUAAAUUAAAAUUGUCUAUCUGUACUUCCAAGUGAAUAAAAUAUAUGCAAUAAUUAUUAUUGUUAUUUCAUUGGCAUUGAUAAUUUAUUGAUUUUACUUUAUAAAAAAAAUAUACUUUUGUUUUAUCGGACUGCAGAUGCUCUAGUCUGUCAGAGUCAUGCGUACAGUGAGGGUCGAAGAAUUUAAAGCAAUUGGUUUUGGAAUGACUGGCUUGGUAAUUGGACUGUUACUGUUAUUUUUUUGGAGCCACGACCGCACAGGAACUCGACCACGAGAUGAGGACACUUGUUGCAAAGAAGUGCAAGUUCAAGAAAAAACCGGUGUUACCACAACAUUGAUCCCGUAUCCCGCAAAAAGUCUUAUUGCAAGAUCUGAAAUGUCUUCCGAGAGUUAUUGCGUCAUUACUUCAUGUAAAACUAUUACUUUCAGUUCAAUUUUUUGGUCCGAUUCUGGACAAAUCGGUUCUUGCUUAUCCGUCUUUCAGGACCGAUGCCCAAGCCCGAGUCCCGGAUCCAGAAGAUCAAUUGACUUGGUGUUCAAAAGCGCCCGAUUUCCCUCAAAUAAAUUGACCAAAUCCUGGAUAAAUUUAAGCCCCUCCGUAAAUCUAGCCGUCGAGUCAAUUAGAUUCGAAGACUGUCAGCUGGAUAAAAUCGAGCCUGAAGCUUUUCUCUCCGACUUGUUUAUAACAACCAGAAAUUUGCAACUAGUGAAUACCAAACUCUCCGUUCUCAAUAAAUCCGUCUUCAAAGAACUUUCGAAUUUGCGUAAUUUCGCUGUACAAAACAACAUAAUUAACGCCGCCGAACGGCAUUUGCUAUCGAAUGUCGCUGAAACCCUCGAGACAAUUGAAUUGGAUCGAUCUAUUGAUAAUCUAGCCGUUCUUCUCAACAUUACCAGCUCUAGGAUCAGUCCCAGUCCCAGACCCGAUUCUAAUUCCAGCCGCAGCCUCAUCCUCGGUAAUGAACCAACAAAAGAAAGACAAUUAUCAAACGUCCAAUUAGUCUCAUUACAAGGCAACAAUAUUCCCAUCCUCUCUAAAGAAAUCUUUUCAAGUUUCCCUAAUCUCAAAUCUCUCUACUUGGAUUCCUCAAAAAUUACCCACAUAAAUUUUGACACUUUCGAUGCCUGCAAAAGUCUCAAGCAAAUUUUUUUAACCAACAAUUUAUUGUCCACACUUCCGGAUAAUAUUUUUACUAAAUUACUGACCGCCAAUCCGGAUUUCAAAGUCACCAUGACAAAUAAUCCAUGGCAAUGCGACUGUAAAUUUAUUUGGAUACAAAAAUUUCUUAUGAAGGCUCCAAAUUUGGUUACCGAGAUGCCAAAAUGUUUAGGUCCUGAUAGAAAUAGAAAUUUGUCGUUUUUGGAUGCUGAUUUCUGUGGCAAUUCUUCUACUGACACCACGGAAAUAAUAAAUAGUAAUAAUAGUUUAAUUAAAAUAAUUUGUAAUAAUUCGUUGGAUUUAAUAGAAAUAAAUUUAAGUAAAACGAAAUUAGAGGCAAUGGGAGCAGAGGAAGGAAACAUUAGCUCUGGUGGAUUUAAUUGCGUUUGUAAAAGUAUAUUAAUUAAAAACAAUAAUAAUAAUGAUGAUGAUGGGUGCAAAAAAAAUUUGUGGCUGUCGAAUGAAGACAAAGCAAUUGUAUUGUCUCUGUACACAAUAGUGAGCGUUUUGUUCGGUCUCGGAUGCGCGGGCGGUUGUUUUUUUAUUGUCAGAAACAAUCCAAGCUUAUUGCGAGGCAGCAGCAGAGUGGUAAUGGUUAAACACGGGGGCGUGGAGGCCAUGGUUUUGCCGCGGGGCGUCAGGGUGGGUAAUUUGGCCACCGGAAGUGGCGAACCGGUGAAAUUUGAGAUGAGAGACAACUGCGAAAUUGAUUAUUUGACGCCGAUAGGUAUUGCUGCUAAUGAGUAUGAAUCGAUACGAGAUGCCGGGGGGGCUAGAGAAGAAAGUGGGAUUGAUAAUUGCCCGCCGCCAUUGCCGCCACAUCCGUUACAUGGUGUGAGAACUGUUUCUUUGUUGAUGGCUGAGAGCGAGAGUUCAUUGUCGGGUUUUUGAAAUACAAAUUUAAUAUGUAUUGAAAAUUAUUAAUAAAUUUAUUUAUUUGCAUAAGAUGUCAUUUUUUUUCAUUUUUGAAAUUUUUCUUUAAAAAGCGGGAAAAAAUUUUUUGUCCCAAAAAAUCCUUUUUUUUUUUUUUAAUUAAAGCUCAAAUUAUUGUUACCCGUUAAUUUAGGGGAGGGAGGGGCAAAACGGGGUACUUAAGGAAAUUCCAUG